CCCCGGAAGCGCCCGGACGGGGCGGAGCGGGCGGGGAGCGCGGCAUGGCGGGGCCGGCCGGGCUCUUCGCCGUGUACAAGCCGGCGGGGGUGGCCUGGUGCCGCGUCCGAGAGGCGGUGGAGACGCGGCUGCUGCGCGAGCUGAACGCGGCGCCGAGACGCGCCCCGCGGCAGCAGAUCCGCUUCCUACCGACACCGGCACCGGCAUCGGCACCGGCACCGAGCGGUGGCGGGGCCCUGGAGCUGGUGCCUACCAGGGUGCCAGUGCUGGCCGACCACCCCCUCGUCCAAGGCCCGCGGUUCAGGAGGCUGAAGAUCGGAGCGGGUCACCGGCUGGACGUGAAGGCUUCAGGAGUCUUCGUGCUUGGCAUUGGCCAUGGGAACAAGCUGCUCACUGACCUGUACAACUGCCACCUGACCAAGGUUUACACUGUUGGUGGGCUGUUUGGUAAAGCCACUGAUGAUUUCUCAGACACAGGGAAGCUAAUAGAGAAGACAACAUUUGAUCAUAUCACAAGGGAGAAGCUGGAACGGAUUCUCGCUGUCAUUCAAGGGACAAAUCACAAGGCCCUGCUGAUGUAUUCUAACAUUGAUAUGAAAACACAAGAGGCUUACGAGCUGGCUGUCAAAGGGUUGAUUCGUCCCAUGGAUAAAAGCCCCCCGAUAAUCACAGCGAUCCGAUGCCUCCAGUUUGCACUUCCAGAAUUCCAGCUAGAAAUCCACUGCUUGCAUGAGACCCAGCAGUACCUCCGGAAGGUGGUUCACGAGAUCGGCCUGGAGCUGAAAUCCUCGGCCGUGUGCACACAAGUGCGGAGAACGCGCGACGGGGUUUUCACGCUGGACGAUGCCCUGCCCAGAACCCAGUGGGACCUGCGGAGUAUCCAGGCUGCCAUUCGGAACUGUCGGCUCAAAGUGGAAACAGAGAUAGAGAAAACACUGGGACAUGGGGAUAACAGUCCUGUUCAUCAGCUGGAUGUGCAGACGGCCCACGGUGCAGACAGCUGAGAGUGCUGAGGGGGGACAUCCAUGAGCAAUCCCUGCAGCAAUCCCUGAUGGACAGCAGAAGGAAAGAGGUUAAUUGCAGUUCACUUCCACCCUUUCCUUGAGAUGACUUUAAUCAGAGGCUUUCUUUUUUUUCCCAGUGACAGGCUGUAUCAGUUUUUUGAAAGCAUCACAAACAGUUCAUUAACGGGAGGUAGCUGUGCCAAAAUUCCUGUUGACUUUGAGAACAUUAGGUUGCUAAGGGAUAUAAAAGCCCAUUCCCAAAUUGUUUAGCAGCAGGAAAUAGCGUCUCAGAGAGCUGUAUUCCCUUGACUGCACAGAUUUGUUCCUUGCAACUGGCAGCAUAACUUAUCUACUAUAUGGAUUUUAUUUUCCCUCUGUUGCCUUAGAGUGUUUUCUUUCCAUUAGCCCUGCUUUCAGACACAAGACUCAAGAUCAGGCUAAAUGAGGGAUGUGCAGGAGAAAACAGCUUACCCAAAGCAAUGCAAGGAAAUGGUUAUAUCCAGAAUAGGUGUGUGUGAUGAGAAAUGGCUUGUAAUGGGGACUGAUGCACAGGAGACACAAGAAAUAAAACUGCAAGUGACCUAAA